AUGCAAAGAUUAAAGAUUAAUCAUUCACUCACAUUAUUUCAGCAAGCUGUGGUGGACAUGGCUACACUUAUUCAAGAGAAUGGUAUUAAGGAGUUGAGCAAAGGCACUCAUGGAGUUGUGACAAAUCAUGGCAUAUCAGCUCAUAGUGUAGCAAGUCACAUGGUGCCUGAUCAUGAAUAUUGUGAGACAGGCCAGCCCCAGGAACCGCAACCUCCUUGUGCCAAUUCAGGCCAGGAGGCGCCGGCGGAGACCAUCGCAGAAGAUGAGGAGGAAACUCCUGAAAUAGACAUAAUGAUAAACAAUGUUGUGUGCAGUUUUAGUGUUAAGUGUCACCUGAAUUUGAGACAGAUAGCAUUGAAUGGUGUUAACGUAGAAUUCCGCCGUGAAAAUGGAAUGGUUACGAUGAAGUUGAGGCGCCCCUACACCACUGCGUCUAUAUGGUCGUCGGGGCGCAUCACAUGCACUGGCGCUACCAGUGAGGACCAAGCAAAGAUUGCAGCGCGGCGAUACGCGCGAGCACUACAAAAACUCGGCUUUCAAGUACGCUUCCAGAACUUCCGUGUUGUCAACGUCCUAGGAACUUGCCGUAUGCCUUUCGGUAUACGAAUCAUAGCCUUCUCUAAAAGAUAUAAGGAAGCAGAUUACGAGCCAGAACUCCAUCCGGGCGUCACGUAUAAGCUGUACAACCCCAAAGCAACGCUAAAGAUAUUUUCCACGGGAGGUGUGACAAUAACAGCUCGGAGCGUGAGCGACGUGCAGUCGGCGGUGGAGCGCAUAUUCCCGCUGGUGUACGAGUUCCGCAAGCCGCGCACAGCCGCCGACGAGGAGCUCCUGCGCCAGAAAAAAGCCGCGCGUCCGCCCCCCACCACCAAUACCACCCCGCCGCUCACCACCGACCUCUGCCUCGUGACGCUCUCUGACGAUGAUGCCGUGGAGCCCGACGUCGACGCCGACGCUGACGCCUGGCAAUGA